AUGGGGCACACCAACAUUUGGAACACUCACCCCAAGACUUACGGCCCUGAAGUGGAGACUCUCCACAAACCUUUCCAAAUCAAGAAACCGAACGCCUCACUUUCCUCGACGGCGUGCUCUUCCCCUCAUCUUGACCACGAAUCCGACCCGCUAUUCUCCCCUUUACCCGACCAAAUCUUGGACAAAAUCCUCCUCGACAUCAUCAAACCCUUAACCUUACCAAUCCCAGCCCGGCCCAAAUCCCUCUCGUUCGAAAGCCCAUUAUUGCCCAGACGCAAGGCCGCCAGCUCACCCCUAAGAGCUCGGAGCUCGUCUGCCGAGGCCACAGCAUCCCAAUCCUCAUCAGUGUUUGUCGUAGUCGAGCGCGAGCUUCCGUUUAGGUCUUUAAUGGCUUUCGGGAGGUCUGGAGUCGAGCUGCCGGAGGAUGAGGCUGCGGCUGCUGUCCGGACCUGCUCGAAAAAUAGGACUUGA